UAUUUCCUCAUUUGUUGUUAGGGCGCGAGCACACCGUUCAGGAUGUAAAGGGUUUAGCGCGGCCACGAGCUUCGUGACGCGUGAACGCGCAAGAGCAGCAAUGGCCGCUUUGGAUCGGCGAAAUCCUAAUCUCGACGACUUUGUCGGAUUAAACUGGAGUUGUUGGGCAGACAGGGUGAAUAUUUCAUCGUCUGACGCUGGAUCCAGUGAUGAAGAUAACAAGAAUGGGAUGAGCCGCUCUGAGACCAUGACCCUCAGAAAAGAAGACAUGCACAUAUACGGCCACUGCCCAGCCCACGAUGACUUUUAUCUGGUGAUGUGCAGCCACUGCGACCAGGUGGUGAAACCUCAAGCUUUUGAGAAGCACUGUGAAAGGUGGCACGGUGCUGUCAUGAAGAAGUGUGCCCAGUCAUCUGCUGUGGCGCCUCAGCAGCGACCGUUCCCCGGCCGGGCUUCUUCCAGUGUUUCCUCUUGUACAGAGAAGCAGAAGGACGGCAGAUGUUAUGAGGGCAGUGCCAUGUCCUCAGCAGCAUCACCUGCCCACCAACACAAGCUUGCUAAAGCUCACAAGGAGACAGUGAGUUUAUCUUCAGUGAAGUUCCCAGAGGAAAACCCUCCCCUCCCACAUCAGUCCUCUUCCACGACUCGACCCAGUGUUCCUCCAUGGCACUCGGCUCCUCUGCCCCCUGGCAACAGCUCUUCCUCCACCUCUUUGUCAGACAGACCCUCUGUGCAGAAGUCGGCAGCCGGGCAGAGCGCUGAGUCUCUGCGAGGCAUGAGAACCUACAGUCGAAUUUACAAAAACAACAACAAAAAAGAAUGUGAGCUGAACAAACCCUGCAAAGUUCUGGAUCCGGAGAGGAAGAAACCAAGCAGCCGGGAGCUUAUAUGCAAUACUGAUUCCAUCCACCAGCAGCAGAAAUCACCGGCAAAGACUAAGACCGCUGAUCAUUUGGCAGCGGAGAAGACGACAGCCUCGGCGGGUCUAGAAGUGGAGCAGCUUCUCGACAAAUCAAAACACAAAGAGAAACAUCUGGAAGCUUUUGAAGAGAAAAUAAGCGCUCAGGGCAGUAAAUACAACUUCAACAGCAACUGUCACAUUCUCAGGUCCAAGAAUCCAUCAGAAAGCUUUCCAGAGGGGAAAGGUAACAACACUGUCAAAGUGGAGGUGCAACCUCCGUACCCUUUCAAUCAGAGCCUGCUGUCAAGUGAGGAUAGUGACGAAGACGAGCGGGAAGAAUCCACCAACCUGCCUGCUACACCCUGGCAUCCCAAACCACUCGGGCUAUGCACUUUUGGAUGCCGCACACUGGGUUGUAGCAUCUUCACAUUUGACCGUCGUUUGCACCACCUGCGGUUUGCCCUCAGCGCCAUGUUGGAGCGCCAUGUCAGCGCACACUUGUGGAAGAAAAUGCCUCAAGUGUCAUCAGGUCUCAGGUCACGUCAUGUCACACCUUCAACCAUAGGAACACCUGUCAGGGCUGGCGAUAGACCCUCCAAAUCCGCUGGCUCCCUCUGCCUUGAGUCUACCUCACUGGGACCACUGGAAACCAAAAGUAGUCAGCAGAACUCUCGCAGUACCAAACCGCCUUAUUCCUCCACCUCUGCAAGCCUCGGAUCUGGUAGGCGGCGCAACCCUGCUGAGCGACCCAGCAAGGCUCAGUUAAAGGAGGUGGAGCUUAUGCAAGAUGCAAGUGCAGCACACAGAGCUGCCAAGCUGUUACACAGCGGUGAGGACAAAUCCUGCAGAUUCAUCAGGGACCCCCCUCUCCACGAGAAGAGCCAGCCUCACGCCCCCUCCUCUCAAGGACCAGCCAGCGGUACCUUCUCACAUGGGAAGAAGCCAUGCCCUCCUCUUCUCCUGAAGCCUGCAGAGAGACAGCUCACAGUUUUGGAAAAGUGUUCCCCUCUACCUGCACCAACCCACCGCUCUCCUCGCAGCCGAGGGAAACCACCAGCGGUUCAGCAGAAAGUCGGGGGCUAUGACUGCAAGAGUACCACCCAAAAGCGCAAACGCAGCAGUGAGUCCCUGCCGCUCAGCUCCUCAAUAUCCAGAUCCGCAAAGUAUAAAUGUUUGUCCUCCCCUUCCCACUCCAGCCUCGUUUCCUGGAAGGGAGAGAAUAUCGAGGAUGUGCUUGCCUGGGGAUUGGAGAAAAGAUCUGACCCCUGAAAGAGCCAGUUGUGGAAAAGGCUGCACACCACCAAUUUUCCUAUGAUGUGGAUUCAUCCCCUUUAAAAAAAAUGACAUGAAUAGAAUGGAUUUUGAUUGAACUGUGUCUUUUUUUUAUUUUAUCAACAGUAAAUGCAUUUGUAAGUGACGGUUGUUUACGCUCAUCUUUGCAGCCAACGAGGAGGCCAGCCUUAAAAAGACAACUUAGAGAAAAGGCCUGCUGAAGGCCACAGCUACUGCCAGGAUAGUGUGAGUGUUUGAAUGUGUUUGUGUUUGUGUGUGUGUGUGUGUGUGCAUGUCUCUUUGUCCAUGUUUAUUUAUCCAAACUUUUUUAUGCACAGAUGUCAGGAACAAGUAUUUGUAUGCACAUUACUGUAUUUGUGUAUUGUUGCAAAAGUGUCUAUUUUUCUACAGGACUAAAUGUCUCAGUCGAUUAUUUGUGUAAGAACAUCAACAUACCUCAGUCUGCUCAUUAUGCUGCUAAUGUUAAGACAUUUCAUGGCAGAAUAAUAAAAAAAAUCUUGAAUUUUUA